CUGUCUAAACACAGACAGCACUGUUCCUCACAUAUUCCCCAAAACGGCCUUUUUACAUUUCUACCCCUUCCUUCCUUCUUCUCUCUCUCUCUUGAAGUCGCUUAAAAGGGGAGCAUAUCGAUCCAUCUAGCUCUCAACUGCCCAACCCUCGCAGCUUGCACAAACAAGGAAACUUGAGCGAGCAAAAACAGGGCUUUGCAGCUUUGCUCUCCCAGAGCAAGAGGUAGAAGACGACACACACAUACACAAAAGCUAGCUGCUUGGAGAUAGAUUGAACAGGGAGAGGUAUCAUCCAUGGAGCUCUUCCCUUCCCAGCCGGAUCUGUCCCUCCAGAUCGGCCUCCCGGCCACCGCAACCCGCCAUGAUCACCACCACCAAGCUCGCUUCUUCGGGCCUCCGAGCUCCAACAACCCGGCCAUGGCGCCGCCGCCGCCGCUGCAGCUGCCGUUCCCCAUGCCGCAUCUGCCGAUGCCCAUGCCGCCCGGCAUGGGCCACGGCGGUGGGCUGUACUACCCCAACGGCGGCCUGCUGCGGCCCAUCAGGGGCGUGCCGCUGUACGGGCCCGGGCACGGGCCCGGCCCGCACGUCGUCGCGAACAACCCGGCCAUGGCGCCGCCGUGCUACUGCGACCCGUACGCGCGGCGCUCCGGCGGAGCUUGCGGCGGCGGCGGCGGCGGUGGAAGGAUCCUGGGCGGGUUCCCGGCGCCGAAGCGAGCGGCGAGGGCUCCCCGCAUGCGGUGGACGUCCACGCUGCACUCGCGCUUCGUCCACGCCGUCGAACUCCUCGGCGGCCAUGACAGGGCGACGCCCAAGGCUGUUCUUGAGCUCAUGGAUGUCAAGGACCUCACCCUGGCUCAUGUCAAGUCUCACCUCCAGAUGUACAGGACUGUGAAGAACACCGAAAGGCCGGCAGCUUCAUCAGAUCAGGCUGACGGAUUCGAGAACGGGUCGGCCGGCGAGAUCUGCGACGACAACUUGCUCGAUCUGCACGGCGUCGGCGGUAGGACGGAGGCGGCGCGACAUGCAAGGCUAGCUGCUGCAAACGACCAUGAUGGGAGUAUCAGCGCCGGUGCUCUGUGGAAUAGUUCCUCAAGGGAGGAGGACUGGUCUGGGUUCCCUUGUGACUCCAACAACGAAAGCAUGCAAUCUUUCAAGGAUCAUAUGCAGUCCAAGAGCCUGGAGAUCCUUUCGGACAUCAACUCCUGCCUGUCGGAGACUACGUCGAGCGCGAGCGAGCCGAACCUCGACUUCACCCUAGGGCGGCCACACCAUCGUCGGAGCUGAAGGCCCACCGGUCCCGUUGACGUCGCCGGCAAGAAUUAAUAUAAUCUUCAGUGUAGCAGCACUAAGUUAAUUUGCAUGUUAAUUAGUUAGUAGCAUGCAUGAUCCCAGCAUGCACCAUGAGUAUGGAUCUUUAGAUGUUGGAUAUGGCAAGGGAAAGUCAAGGAGGAACUAAAGCUAGGCAAUUUAGGGUAGAUGGAGCUCUAGUGAAAAAGCAAGGGUUUGUAAUGGAAAUGUGGCUGAUGUUUUUAGGACAAUCAAAAGAGCUUUUCUUUUCCUCUCUGCAGUUGGUAGCGGGGAAGAAAGGAAUUAAAGGCAGGGUUGCAUGUUCCUGCAUGCUUUC